GCCCAUUCGCUCCAGAUCUUCGAAAAGCACAGCAUCUGGCGAAGUCGUGCGAGCUGCCUCCAAUGCCGGACACUCGUAUUACUAUUCCGCUAGCUCCUGCUCCCUUGCAGCUUGGUCGGCUCUCCGCAGUAGUACCUGCUGUCAUAUAUUAGCUUCCUCUUCGCGUCUUCGCUCGAUCCUCCUCUAAUCUUUUGCGCAAACAGUCUUAUACCAAAUCGCAGUUUCGUAAACAUCAGCUCAGCUGAUCACCAACUUUCUGCCCAUCGCCAUCAUGGACGACGAAGCCCGACAGGCUCUCGCCAAGAUGGACAUGCCACGCAGGCCCAUCAACUUUGUGCCCGCGCAAUCGGGCGAGAUCCUCAAGCUAGGUCACAUAACAUGCAGAGUCAUGGAAGAUGGCUCGCGGACGGAUAACCGCAUCGGUAGCGCCGAAUUCACCGUCCCAGCUGGAACUGCGGGCCCUCCUGCGCAUUGGCACGAAAUGCACGACGAGACGUUCCUUGUUACUCAGGGUACCGUUCGCUUCCACGCACCCGACAACACCAUCGUUGACGCCAAAGUGGGCGACUACGUGACGGUACCCAUUCGCGCACCGCACACUUUCUCAAAUCCAUUUGACGUGGAGGCCAAGUUCUUCAACACGUUCACGCCUGCAUUUUAUAUCGACUACUUCAAGAUCUUGGCCGAGGUCAGCAAGAGUGAUGAGAAGAUGAGCAAGGAGAAGAACUUGGAGGUGAUGGCGAGGUUCGCGACGAUGCCCGCCAAGCCGCUUAUGGAUGAGGUCGCAAAGCAGAAAUAGCCCAGGAAGCCAUCGCGAAGAAGCAGCAAUAGUUGAUGUACAGAUUUUUCUGAGCCAAAGAACAUUUCCACAGCGGUGUAUCGAGUGCUUGAAAUUCCCUAAGCAGCACAAUUGCAUGACAUGGGACAACAAGGCUAUCU